AUGACGCCUCGCCUCCGCUCCCCUCAGCCAUGCAUCGGCAGGCUUCGCGAAAUCAGAGACCACUUGAACCAGUUAAACAGCAUAAUCCGAGAAGAAUUCUCACGUCUGGAUAACGAGACCCUCGAGCUGAUCCAUGUGGAGCGCCAGCUUACUCGAGCCGAGUUUUCCAAAAGACGUUUGCAGAUCCUCAUUGAGCAGGAGAUGUUGUUGUCUUGGAUCAAGAUGUACGGGGACUUGGUUGACGAGCUCGGUCAGAUGAAGGACGCCGACAAGAACUUUGACGAGGAUUGA